AUGUUUACAAGGUUCGACCAAGGCAAAUCGACAAAAGGCGCGAGCAAGCUUCGACGCGACCUCAUCAACGCAGAGAUCGCCAACCUUCGGGACCUCCUGCCCUUGCCACCUUCCACUAGGCAGAGGCUUUCGCAAUUGCAGCUGAUGGCACUGGUCUGUGUCUACGUCAGGAAGUCUAAUUACUUUCAACAAGUUUUCAAACGUUUCGACAUAACCCAGCAACCAAGUACAGGACCGAAUUUUGGAUUUUCAAAGGCACUCAACGGUUUCCUCAUGAUGAUGACGCAGAACGGAAAACUCCUCUACAUAUCAGACAAUGCAGCCGAAUACCUCGGUCAUUCUAUGGAGGACCUGCUCAUUCACGGAGACAGUGUAUAUGACGUAAUAGAUAAACAAGACCAGCAAGCCGUAAGGUCAGAGCUAUCUAGAGCGCCCUCUGAUGGGGAAGACAGGGUAUUUCUCUGUCGGAUGAAUGUCGCCAGGAACGCGAGAAGGCAGAUGCGAUUUGGUGAUCAAAAGGUGGUGUUAGUACGAGGCCAUUAUGUGUCAUACCUACCCCUCUGCAGCCGCAACGAGCCCGUGUUCCUAGCAUCAUGUACACCCCUCGCCAUGCCGGAGACCAGGGAAUGCGUCGUGCAUGGCGCCACCAACGUCUUCACCACCGUGCAUGCCAUGGACAUGAAGAUACUGCAUAUUGAUACUAAUAGUGAAUGGCACCUCGGUUGGGAUCGCAGUGCACUGCACGGCGUCAGCUGGUAUCACCUUCUUCAUCCGGACUGCUGUAAGGAAGCUCAAAGCAAGCACAGAUUAAUAACGCAGUCAGAGCAAGAGAGGUCGUGUAUAGCGCUUUUGAGGCUACAGAGACGAUGCGGGCAAUUCUUGUGGGUCCAUGCUGUCUUACAACUCAAAGACAACUUGGAGAAUUCUCAACGACCGGUAAUAGUCUGUACCAAUCAAGUGUUAAGCGAACAGGAAGCAGCGGUAAUGAAGGCAAACCCUUGGCUCUAUCAUUACUAUGCGGUACAAUCAAAGCUUCAUUACGGGCUGGCGUACGAGGCGGCCACUAGGAUGUACGGCCCACCGCCACCAGAUAUCCAAGUUUACCCACCAACGAUGCAGUACUCCACACCUCCAGUCUGCAUCAAUGGAAGCCAGCCGGUGAUGAUGCCGAACGCAGCGAUACAACCUCAUUUAACACACGUACCACCGCAUAUAGCCCCAAUCCAUUAUGCGUAUGACAGACCGGACACUGGACCGGUGGAUUAUUCUGUUUCUCUUCAAGAUAGCAGGUUCCACAAUAUACGGAUUGAGGAUACGCGGCUGCAACCAAACGUUAAAAAGAAAAGCAAAACAGAGGAGAAACCAAAUACGCCUGUUCCUAAUAUGUCACCCCGUUUUGUAAAUACUUCUGGGGAUACUUUAGUCGCCGUAGCCGGAACAGUAGCCAGUCGAAGGCCAGGAUCUAAGUUUGCGUCAUCCGAAACUGAAAUCGACCAAUGGAAUCCGAGUCCAACAUGGUCUGAAUCAGCUGUGCAGAAGGUGCCCGAUGUGUGCCAUCAAGAUCUAAGUCCAUAUGUGACUACCACGCCACCAACGCCUUCAGGGACACCAUCAGCUUAUACACAUAACUAUAGCCAUACGUUCGUCUUUGACUGGUCACCUGAACAGUACGUUCCUCACACUAACAAUAGAUGUAGCACAGUAACCUCAGAGAAUUCCUAUCAGCAAACCUGGAGAAGUGAAAGGACAUACACUGAAGGAGCGCCUGAGGAGAACUGUAAUCCUAAUAGGUUAAGCUUAACGAUGAGGGUUAGCAGAACUCCACCUGAGCACGUGACACCAGCGGAGGCAGAGAUCUUACGACGGCAAAUUGACGGUCCACACCCUGAUUCGCCGGAUGCUAAAAAACCUGCAUUAUAG